UCCAGCAGCCAGUCUAGAGCGCUGUUUGCAAAAUAUCCUGAGCUGCAAAAGGAGAGGGAAGAAGGAAGUGGAACACUGACGGACGGACUGCUGCUAAAAACAACCUUUUUUUGUGUGUGUGUGGCAUCGCAAAGAGGAUCGCUCUUUGAAACGCAGCUGUAUAGAUUUUUUUCUUUUUGAUUCAUUCAGAAAAAGAAGUUUGUGGAAGAAAAAUGGAUGUUUUACCUAUGUGUAGUAUUUUUCAAGAACUCCAAAUAGUUCACGACACAGGCUAUUUCUCAGCCUUACCAUCCCUGGAGGAGUACUGGCAGCAGACUUGUUUGGAGUUGGAGCGCUACCUACAGAGCGAGCCCUACGUCACCUCGUCUGAGCUUAAGUUCAGCGCCCAGGAGGACCUCUGGAGCAAACUGAUUCUAGCCUGCGGCGACAAGGCCAAAGCUGAGUCUGACCCUAACCUGGCCCCAGCCCUCGAGGAGGACAAUCAGGACAACCAGAUCUUGGACACCAACAGCGUGAACUCUGAUGCCAGCAGUGAAGCUUCGGACAGUUUUGAGGAGCUCUCCCCCACGCACAGCUUUACAUCCAACCCGUUGGGGUCCGUCUUGGUCGGCUCCGGACCUUUUAGCCCCUCGGUCAUCAGCACCCCUCCGUCGUCUCCUGAGGCCACCGUCGGCGCCGCCUCGGCGGUGAACGGCUGGGUGGCCACGCACGCCGGGUUGAACCUGCCGGUCAAAAUCAGGACCGGCGGCGGAGUCGGGGGAGCAGCGGGGAAGGCUGCAGAAAAGACUGGAUCCCUCUGCGGGGACACAUCCCCAGACGCCCGGAGACGGGUGCACAGGUGUCACUUCAACGGGUGUCGCAAGGUUUACACGAAGAGCUCGCACCUGAAGGCGCACCAGCGCACUCACACAGGUGAGAAACCAUACCGGUGUUCGUGGGAGGGCUGCGAGUGGCGCUUCGCACGGAGCGACGAGUUGACCAGACACUUCAGGAAGCACACAGGGGCAAAGCCAUUCAAAUGCAAUCACUGUGACAGAUGUUUCUCCAGGUCUGACCAUCUGGCUCUUCACAUGAAGAGACACGUCUAACGCAGGGCGACCGAGUGGCGACAACUGGGCAAUGCAGAAAGAGGAAUUCCUUUUCUCUCCUUUUUUUUGUUUUUUAUUAUCUGAGGUUUUUUUUUGGUGGAGAUAGAGAGAGGGGAAAGAAUGAAUCCAAACGCACGCCAUCUCUCGACUGGUCUCUUGGUUGAACUGUCCCAGAGAGCAGAGUGGCGAGGAGGGGGGCGUGUCCCAGCCAAAGCAUGCCGUUUUGCACCGUACUGAAAUAACCCAGUGCCUCCGGGACCUCUCUUUUCAGAGAAGGGCGCUCUGAUGGUUGUCUGUUGCAACAAGAGGACGAAAUCACGGACGUCGGGGAGGAAAUCUUUUUUUUUUUCAAUUGAGAACUUUAAUUGCAGAAAAGGACAAAAAAAUGCUUAAAAAAAAAAACAAACAAACAAAAAAAAAAAAGGCGAGUGAAUGAUCUGUAUGUAUGGUGCAUGAUGUUUUGGGGGCAUCUCCCGGACAGCAGAUACACUGGUACUUUACAAACCUGUCUGAGGUAAGCAUGUGUGCACUGUGAAUGUGAGAUUGGCUGACCAGCCCCCCCCAUUUCUGUGUGGAAGAGGAAGAAGAAGAGGAGCGGGAUGAAGAGUUGGAUCGGUGCGGGGCUGGUACCAAUGUUGCUGUGGACUGAAUGAGUUUCUGUGGCAGAGGCAGGGGGGGGGAGACAUUCCUGCUGUUGUUUCCCAGGUGGCAGUAUGAGGUCGUGGCCGCCUCGUCUGUCUGGCACCCUAACUCUGAAGAUGUGGGGAUGGAAAGGGGGGGGGAUUGCUUCUUCUGAAGCAUGUUAGUCCUUGGGUUUGACCAGAAAUAGACAUGAAUCCUUCUGGUAUGUGACCCAGGGAUUGAAGAUCACCCCCUCCCUGAAUGACAGAAACUUUUUUUGAUGGUUCUUUUUUUUUUUUUGGUGCAGCUACUAAAUGUGCAAUGUGUUAUGUAGCCUGGUUUCUUAUUUUUCUACAAGCUACAAAGCCCAUUUGUAGUCCCGACUGUAUAAGCUGUGUGCUUAGAGGUAUAACACAACUAUACUAUUAACUUCAGUAUCAUAGACAGGUGUUGCAUGGUUCUAGGGGAUUGUUCCAUUUUUUUUUCUCCGGUUUCCACAAUAAUCAGGACUGCAAAUAGUUUAAAGAAAAGUGCAGCUAAAACGCAAACGGUUAGAUGUUACAAUAUUGUACAUAAAAGCCUCGACGAUUCUUCUCUUUGUUUGUUUUUUUAUUUAAGUAGAGAUGCACUAAUAUGACAUGAUCAGGUCUGACCUGCACGUAAUGAUUUUGAACAUUUUUUUAUUUUUUUUUUUUGCAGGUUAGUAGUUUUGAAUUGAUCAAAAAAGUGAAGGAAUAAAUCGUACCGCUUUGUGUACUUAACUGUAUGUCUCCAAACUUGAACAGAUUUUUGUUUUUAUAUUAAUAUAUAUAUAUAUAAAUACACAUUUUGUCAUUAAACUUUAAAAAAAAAAAAGUUUCCAAGUAUUUUCUAUUCUAUUUGAUGAUGCCUUUUGAAUAGAGAGGGGAAAAAAAGUGGAGAUUUUAGGUUUUGAUGCAUUUAAAGUGGGAAAACAAGCAGCUUUUUUCAGCUUCUAAAGAUGCUGAUAACAGUUCAGGACUGAUCAGAGGAAAAUCAGCCAGUUUCACACAACUGGCUGAUUAAUUGGUGCAUCUCUACUUCCAUUUCUACAUUCUGGUUUUCCAUCUGCCUGGAGAUUUUCACUGCUGCUCAUAUCCAUCUAAUGCCUCAAAGACUUAAUUUUUUUGCAUACAUUUUUUUAAUGUCUGUCUAUGUGUGUGUGUUUGUACACUUUCUUUCUAUCUAAUAAUGCACUGUUGACCUUAAUGGUGCCUUAUGCAAGUGACCGCCUUGCGUCGGUCGUCUGAGUGAUAUUUUUUUAUUUCAAAGCUAGAUCAAGGCUCAACUAUAAAACUGUCAUGCUGGUUACAGUUUCGCUUAAUUGUGACGUUGAAUUUGUAACUGUUUACUUAAAGUACCUGUUAACAGUAGAUCGCCUUUAAUUGUUUUUUUUAAUUUUUUAUGACCGAACGGCAGAUUAGUCGUUGUUCAUCAGAUUUAAAUUAAGUUUGAACAUGUGUAUACAAACAAAUGCUGUAUGUUAAAAGCACUUACAUUCAUUUAUUAAAGGUGUUAACUACUGUGUAGUAUGUACCCGAGUCCAUCUCACACAGUGCAAAGGUACAAGUGACUAACAUUUAAAAAAAAAAAAUAAAAAUUACAUGGUUUCAUUGUAUUUACACAAAUGUUUUAAUCAAAAAAAAUUUUGACAUUAAAAGUCGCAUUUAGAAGUACUGGUCGGUGCUCAGCAACAGCUUGGGGAGGGGGGAGCGCAGUGCUGCUACACUGUCUUAAUUUUUUCUUUCUUUUUUCUAAGCUAACUUUAAUGUACCUUGAUCCUGGUAGUCAGCCCGUGGCUAGUCCCCCGCUAUCACCCCCUCCUCGCUGUCCCUGCAUCCCUGUAAGUGGGACUGAAGAAAAAGCUAAAGAUUUAUUGUAAUUAACAGGCUGCAGUCGGACAGGCCUCGCCUUGUACUGCCUCUCGGUAAUGAAUUGCUAAAGGCUUUGUUGGCAUGGAAUCUGUCACAGACUGCUGACUGUGUAGGUUGGCUAUUGACCUGUCUGGAGCACGUUGUUUUAGCCAAGCUGCAACUGUAAUACGGAAACCACAGUAGCGAGCGCGCCAGAAGAAGGGGUGACUGGGUGCACGUCAAACUUUCACGGCUCAUGAGGAAAUUUGGCC